UCCUCCCCCACCCCCACGCCGAGCCUUAGCUGCCGCCUCCUGGAAGCCCACCGGAUUGCCCUGAGCACACAGAAUGGAUUUCUGAGGGAGAAGCUGGAACAGCAGGAUCCCGAGAGCCAGCAUGCCUUGUGGCUCGGCGGCCGCUCUGCUCCUGCUCCUGCUCCUGCUCCAGGGUGCCUGGGGCUGCCUAGACCUCGUCUGCUACACGGAUUACUUACAGACAGUCACCUGCACCCUGGAGACCAGGACCCUCCCCGCCGGUGUGCUCACCCUCACCUGGCAAGACCCAUAUGGAGACCUGGAGGACGAGGUCACCUCCUGCAGCCUCCUCCGCUCCGCCCACAACGCCACGCAUGCCAAGUACACGUGCCAUAUGGAUGUGUUUCACUUCAUGGCCGACGACAUUUUCAGUGUCAAUGUCACAGACCCGUCCGGAAGUUACUCCCAGGAGUGCGGCAGCUUCCUCCUGGCUGAGAGCAUCAAGCCGUCCCCGCCUUUCAACGUGACCGUGACCUUCUCGGGACAUUAUAACAUCUCCUGGGGCUCCAGCUACGAUUCCUACGCGCUGAAGGGCAAGCUGCAGUACGAGCUGAGAUACAGGAAGCGAGGAAGACCCUGGGCCCCGCAGCGUCCAAGGAUCAAGCUGAUCUCGGUGGACUCGAGAAGCGUCUCUCUCCAUCCCUCGGAGUUCCUGAGCGACGCAAGCUAUGAGCUGCAGGUGCGCGCGGGGCCCCAGCCCGGCUCGUCCUUCCAGGGGACCUGGAGUGAGUGGAGUGACCCCGUCACCUUUCACACGCCGCCAGAAGAGAUCAAGGGAGGCAGGCACGCUUCCUUGCUCUAUCUCCUCCUGGUCGUCGUACUCCCCAUCCUCGUCUUCUUAGGCCUGAAGAUCCACCUGCCUUGGAGGCUGUGGAAGAAGGUGUGGGGCCGUGUGCCCAACCCGCAGAAGUUCUUCCAGCCCCUCUACGUGGGCCACAGUGGAGACUUCAAGAAAUGGGUGGGCGCCCCCUUCACUGCCUCCAGCCUGGAGCUGGGGCCCCGGAGCCCCGAGGUGCUUUCGUCCCUGGCGAUGUACAACCAUGGCCCGCCGCAGAGCAGCACCAAGGGGCCGCAGUCCACGCAGCUGCCAGAGCCCCCCCACCUGGUGGACGCUGACGGGGUGCCUGGGCCAGGAUCCUGGGGCCCAGCCCCCUCCCCUAUGGGCGGCGUGGGUGGCUCAGCUUACAGCCAGGAGAGGGACCGACCGUAUGGUGUGCUAGUGUCCAUUAACACCGUGACCGUAGCAGACAUGGAGGGCCCGUGUGCCUGGUCCUGCACUUGUGGGGAUGACGGAUACCCGGCCCUGAACUUGGACGCCAGCCUAGAGCCUGCCUCAGGCGCUGAGGACCCGCUCCUGGACCCUGGGACUACAGUUCUCUCCUGUGGCUGCGUCUCGGCAGGUGGCCUUGCCGGGCCAGGAGGGCCUAUGGGCAGCCUCCUGGACAGGCUAAAGCUGCCCCUUGAUGAGGAGGCGGGCUGGACCCCAGGGCCACCGUGGAGUGGCGGGCCCCCCAGAGAGGCAUCGGACAGCGAAGCAUGCUCGCCUACCGCAGGCCUGGACAUGGACACUUUCGACAGCGGCUUCGCGGGCUCUGACUGUGGCAGCCCUGUGGAGUGUGACUUCACCAGCCCCAGGGACGAAGGGCCCCCCCGGAGCUACCUCCGCCAGUGGGUGGUCAUGGCCCCUCCACCCGAGGGACCCGGGCCCCAGGCCAGCCAGUGAGGUGGAUCCGCAGUCCGGAGCUGGCCGAGUCAUUCCGCCUGGAGUUAGAGAGCUGUGCUCACCUGGGCCGUGGGGUGAAGGGGCCUGCGACCUUUAUGCCCCCAGAUGAGGCCCCUGAGCCCGGUGGACACCUGGUGUGCCUGUGUGAUCCCAGAGCACACGGGUGUGUCCCUGUGAGUGAGCCGCACACACGCCCGUGGGCGCAGAGAGGAGACACAUGUGCGUCCGGGAUCGCGUGCAUGCCAUGACAGCCGCGGACCGUUCCCGACAUGGGGAGGCCCCCCGGGUCAUGCGCUGAGAGGCUGGUUCAGCGACAGCCGUGGGGCCCUCUGGCAUCAGUCCCCGCCAGGCAGGUCCUGCCUCCAGGAGCCGUGAGAAGUCCCCAGGGGUCCUUUUCACUUCUCAGAGGAGGGGGAUGGAGUGACCCUGAGUGUGUGAAGGUUUGUGGGGGCCUGUGGACCGAGGUCUGAAUCCCAGCUCUGAUGCCCCUGGGCUGUACCACCUUGGGCAAGCCCCUUACCCUCUCUGGACUGGAGUUUCCUGUCUGGACAAGGCGGGGUGUGGGGGGGCCCAGGAGGCAUGACCCACUUUGGGGAGAAAUUGGUGAGGUCACCCACUGUACAGGCUAGGACCAAGCAGACCGUCAAUAAAUUCAGUUUCCUUCCUUCGGGG